CGGCCGGCCGGCCGCAGUCGCAGUACACCGUUCUUCGCAAACAGACCACGUCCGUGACUACUACCGUAUAAUCGUAAUAUUAUUAUUAUUAUUAUUAUUAUUAUAUUACCGUCGUCGCCGUCGUCUAAAAGCGAAGGAUCGAUCAACUGUGUUUAAACUUUAAUAAUAAUAUUAUUAACGAUACAUCGUCGACCCGUUUUGCGCACAGUGCUCUCGUGUGCAUUUCUCGUCCGAUACCGUUCGUUUCGCGUUCUACAGUUUUCUGACCGUCAGCGCCGAGCGUGAAAUAUAUUUAUUUUUUUCGCGUGUCUACACGAGUUCGUUUCGUUUUACUUCAAUCCGACACAACAGCAGCCACCAUGAAAUCCAUACCAAUGUGCCGUAAUAACAACAACAACAACAGCAGCAGCAAUAAUAGCAACGGAGAUUCGACCGGACACGCAGUGACCGGCGGCCGAGUGCACCGCAAGCGCGGUGACCUGGAAGACGAAAAGAUCCAAAAGUACUUGUCUAAGCUCAAGGACUUGGUGCCACUGAUCCCCAAGGAUAAGAGAAUUUCCCGGCUGGAGGUGAUCCAUCACGUUAUCGAUUACAUUUGCGACCUGGAGGACAUGCUGGAAAAUCACAGGUCGGUGAACGCAGACGCCGUACACUCCGCCGCCGCUGCCGUCAUGCUGUCGUCCUCCGUGGCCGCCGUCCGGCAACCUUUGGGCAUCAUAUCGACGCCGAACGCUUUGGCCGCCGCCGCCGCAGCCGUAGCCGUGGCCGCACAGCCACAAUCGUCCUCCGAAUCGACCAUGACCCCUUCUUCUCGGGCACAAGACAAGCUGUCGAGUUCGUCAGAUACGAGAGCCGUUAGCUGUUAAACAAAACAAAAUAUAAUAAUAUUAAAGAGAUUUAUUAUAUUAUACUAUUUCAAAAACAACACACGAAAAAAUAUUGUAAUAAACCGAACAGAAAAUGAAUAAUUCAAAAUAAAACGUCGCCCAUCAACGCCGCAGCAGCCUGCAGUGACGAGUAACCGUACCGAAGAACACCGUUUAUCCACCAUACAAGUAUAUUAUAUUAUAUACAUGCUUAUGUUUGGAGAGAGAGAAUACGUUAUGUAUAGACAUACAUUCCAAAUAGAUUCGCCAUGCUCUCGGUAGUUGACUCGGUUCUAUCAGUUUCGCGAAAUAGCGCGUUUUUUCUCGCCCCCUCCCACACUGUACAGUUUAGGUUUAAUUCCUAAUUGUUAUUAUUAUUAUUUAUUAUUAUUAUUUUAUUAUUAUAUCAUUAUUUUUUUUUGUUAUGACUGUGAUCCUAUCAAUAUGUAGUCUAGGUUUUAGUAUUUAUCUAUUAUCAUUAUUAUAUUAUUAUGUAGACGUUUAGAUCUAGCAGGUAUAUAAUCUUAAUAUGGUAAAAAAAAAAAAAUUAAGAAAAUGUUUAUUUAAAAGUAGUCCUAUUUAUGUGACAACUGGGUGGAUAUCGAACCAAAUCCUAUAUAGAAAUAUUAUGAAGAAGUCCAUUAUAUUAUGUUGAAAAAAAAAACAUAACACAAUAUAGUAUUAUAUUUGUAUAAUAAAAUAUUAUAGGGACUACUCGUUUAUAUUAUAUUCAAUAAGACAUAUUAUUAUUAUAUAUAAAUUUAUAUAAACCCACGGCGUACCUUUACGUUUUUCUCGUCUUUGUACAUUAUUAUUUUUCUCUUUUGUUUUCUUUUAUUAAAUGAUUUAUAUUGUUUGGGUAUAUAUUGAUUACUUGAAUUAUUACUUAGCUUUUAAUUCAAUCAUAAUAUAAUACAAUUUAUUACAAACAUAAAA